GCGUGCUCGUCGCCUGCAAUGUCUGAUCUUCCUUUCAACGCUACCGUACUUGUCAUUGGCGGAGGUCCAGCAGGAGCCUAUGCUUCCGCUAUCCUCGCGCAGGAAGGUAUCGAUGUGGUCUGCUGCGAGGCGACACAGUUCCCUCGGUACCACAUUGGCGAGAGUCUGCUUGCCUCCGUAAAGGCAUUCUUGAGCCUUGUUGAUGCUGUCGAGAAAAUCGACGCCCACGGUUUCCACCCGAAGCCUGGAUCCGCUAUUAAAUUCCGCCCUGAUAGGCCUGAAGCUUAUACGGACUUCAUUGCCGUCAAUCCGAAAAACGGCGCUUGGAACGUAACCCGCUCAGAGUUCGAUGAAAUCCUCCUCAACCACGCAGCUGAGAAAGGCGCCAAGGUUUUCCAACAAACCCGCAUCGAGAGCGUAGCCUUCACCGACGGGCGUCCCGUCUCCGCGCAAUGGAAACGCGGGGAUGAGACAGGCACCAUCUCCUUCAACUACCUAAUUGACUGCAGCGGCCGACAGGGCGUCCUCUCGAGCAAGUACCUCAAGAACCGGCACCACAACGCCACGCUCCGGAACGUCGCGACGUGGGGGUACUGGACCGGCAAGCGCGGCGUCUACGGCCAGGGUACCACCCGGGAGGGCGCCAUAUUUCUCGAGGGCCUCAUCAACGGGUCGCCGGGAUGGGUAUGGUAUAUCCCCCUCGCUGACAAGGUGUCCGUCGGUGUCGUCAUGCACGAAACCGACAACAUCCGGUUGCGGAAAGAGCACGGCAGCGUGCGCCAGCAUUACCUUCGUUCGCUAGAACGCGCACCUGGUGUUUGCGACCUGUUGAAGGACUCACAGCUCCAAGGGGAUGUGCAGAGCGCGUCGGAUUAUUCGUACUCCGCGACUUCGUAUGCCGGCGAGGGCUGGCGCCUUGCGGGAGACGCGGCGUCGUUUAUCGACCCGUUCUUCUCGUCUGGUGUUCAUCUCGCCUUCAAUGGUGGGUUGUCGGCCGCCAUAUCGGUGCUAGCGUCGCUGCGCGGGGACGUGCCCGAGCAGAGAGCCGCGGCGUACCACGAUAAGAAAGUCUCAUUGGCUUACACGAGGUUCCUCCUGGUCGUGCUCUCUGCUUACAAGCAGCUGCGCUACCAGGAUAUGGACGUCCUCUGCGACGUCGACACGGGCAACUUCAAUGCGGCGUUCGACAUCUUGCGGCCCGUCAUCCAAGGCACGGGUGAUGUCGCGGCGUCGCAGACGCGCGCGGCGACGGAGGAGACGCUAAGC